AACAGCGCGCGUGUUAGGAUCAGACCUAUAAACGCGGAUACUUAAUGAAUUGUGUGAAAGUGAUGAUAUUCAAUACAACAAGUCUAUGAACUUUUAUCAACAAAUAAGCACUUUUUGCUGGCGCCAACAAUUUGCAUAAUUAAAGCCGUCGUUCAGAUAGUGAAAAGAGAUAACGAGCUACAGCAUGAUUUAAUUUGCUGAGGAGCAUUCGAAUUACAGUAUGCAGGAUUUAGUCAUGCCUCAAUCGCCGUUGCCAUUGAAUGACACUCUGCUCAAGGAUCUGAAGCUCACGAGCAGUGACAUACAUGACUUUGUGAAGUUCUUCUUCGACUUCCAGAAGAAGAAUCAAUCGCAGCAGGAUGAGUGCCAGGGCUACUGUCAGGGUGAGAUCUACACGUGGUUGGGUGCAUACAACGGCAUCCAUGGCUAUGUUUCCCUCCUGAUUUGCAUAUUCGGUACAAUAGCCAACAUAUUAAAUAUAAUGGUAUUGACCAGAAAGGAAAUGGCCAAGGCGCCCAUUAACAACAUAUUGAAAUGGUUGGCGGUGGCCGAUAUGUUUGUGAUGCUGGAGUAUAUACCCUACACGACAUAUCAAUACAUCUACAUGAAGCCAGGCGAAAAGGACUUGAGUUAUUCUUGGGCUGUGUAUUUACUGAUCCACAUGCACUUCACACAAAUACUGCAUACGAUAUCUAUUGGUUUGACAGUCACUCUGGCGAUUUGGCGCUACGUGGCCAUCAGACAUCCGAACGGCAACUGUGCCAACUUUCUGCUCGCACAUUCCAGAGAGGCGAUCCUCUUUCCCUUCAUCAUCUCGCCAAUCCUCUGUCUGCCCACGUACUUUGUUUUCAAGGUGCGUGAGACUCUUGAGGUGGAUACCAGAGAGCACGAGGCCAUGUACCAUGUGUACUUUGACAAGGACUCCAUGCUGUAUCGCUUCAACUUUUGGAUACAUUCCGUGAUCAUCAAGCUGAUACCCUGCUUUGUAUUGACGGUGAUAAGCCUGGUGCUAAUGCAUGUCCUGUGCGAGGCUUCACGGCGUCGUCUCAAGCUCAAAGACUACGAUAAUCCCACCAAGUAUGCCAUACAGCUGAAUCUGAACGAGACAAAAUCCAGGCGGCCACCUCGCUGUGAUCGACGCAAUGAUCGGACCACGUUGCUGUUGGUAGCUGUCCUGGUGCUGUUCCUGGUCACGGAGUUUCCCCAAGGUCUGCUGGGUCUGUUGUCUGGCGUGCUGGAGAAGUGCUUCUUUGCCCAUUGCUAUCCGCCUUUUGGUGAGCUUAUGGAUCUGCUGGCACUCAUAAAUGCGGCUGUUGGCUUCGUGCUUUACGGAUUGAUGUCCAAGCAGUUCCGAACCACCUUCAGAUCCUUGUUCUUCAAGCGUCACUUUGGCAGCAGUGAGAUGACGCGUCUCACCCGAGUAACCACCACGUGUGUCUAG